AUGGAUAUGGAGUAUGAGCUACUCAAUGAGAGCCACACUUGGGUUUCCCCUCCUUUUGACCUCGAUGGCUCUGUGGUAGCGGCCAACAGCUCAAACCAGACAGAGCCAUACUAUGACCUGACCAGCAAUGCAGUCCUCACAUUCAUAUAUUUUGUGGUCUGCAUCAUUGGAUUGUGUGGCAACACACUUGUCAUUUAUGUCAUCCUCCGCUAUGCCAAGAUGAAGACCAUCACCAACAUUUAUAUCCUCAACCUGGCCAUCGCAGAUGAGCUCUUCAUGCUGGGUCUGCCCUUCCUGGCCAUGCAGGUGGCUCUGGUCCACUGGCCCUUUGGCAAGGCCAUUUGCCGGGUGGUCAUGACUGUGGAUGGCAUCAAUCAGUUCACCAGCAUUUUCUGCUUGACGGUCAUGAGCAUCGAUCGAUACCUGGCUGUGGUCCACCCCAUCAAGUCGGCCAAGUGGAGGAGACCCCGAACGGCCAAGAUGGUCAAUGUGGCCGUGUGGGGAGUCUCCCUGCUGGUCAUCUUGCCUAUCAUGAUAUAUGCUGGGCUUCGGAGCAACCAAUGGGGGAGAAGCAGCUGUACCAUCAACUGGCCAGGUGAAUCUGGGGCGUGGUACACAGGGUUCAUCAUCUACACCUUCAUCUUGGGGUUCCUGGUGCCCCUCACCAUCAUUUGUCUUUGCUACCUGUUCAUUAUCAUCAAGGUGAAGUCCUCUGGGAUCCGCGUGGGUUCCUCCAAGAGGAAAAAGUCUGAGAAGAAGGUCACCCGGAUGGUGUCCAUAGUGGUGGCUGUGUUCAUUUUCUGCUGGCUUCCCUUCUAUAUAUUCAAUGUCUCCUCUGUCUCUGUGGCCAUCAGUCCCACACCAGCCCUUAAAGGCAUGUUCGACUUUGUGGUGGUCCUCACCUAUGCCAACAGCUGUGCCAACCCUAUCCUGUAUGCCUUCUUGUCUGACAACUUCAAGAAGAGCUUCCAGAAUGUCCUCUGCUUGGUCAAGGUGAGCGGCCCAGAUGACGGGGAACGGAGUGACAGUAAGCAGGACAAAUCCCGGCUGAAUGAGACCACGGAGACCCAGAGGACCCUCCUCAAUGGAGACCUCCAGACCAGUAUCUGA